AUGGCUUGCUCUAUGUUUACAAACCAUAAUGCAUAUACAACGUACAAAGCUUAUGAAUCGUUCAGUAACUCGAGUGUCAGUAAUCCAGUGAUGGAAAACCAAUUACCCUACCCAACACCAUCUUCAAUCAUUCAAACACAGAGUCAGCAAGGCGCGCUACACAAACCGCAGUGUCGAUACACGUAUACUUUACCAAGCCAAGCUUUGAGCGCAGGCUCUGCGGGAAAUAUUCUUGGAAAUCAUUCUCUCUUCGAUCCAGAGCUUGAAGCUAGAGCGAAACAGUUGCAAGAAUUGGAAAGGUGAGUGUUGGGAUAGAUUUCUCAUUCACUAGUUUACACUAAUUUAUAUCAUUAUUGGACAGCCAACGGAGACUCCUCUUUCAAUAGAUUCACACUUUCAAAUUGUUUUUAAGUAUGCACUAAUCAAAUUGUAUGGCGGUAUAAACUUCUUUUAAAGUUCGUGAGCUAUUGUGAUCACAGAGAUUCUUUUAUAUCAUAAAAUAGCCCUAUAAGUAUACUAGUUUACCGUUGUGGUACUUACGCUAAUACUAACGAUUCUAGCCAUGUUUGUAGCGAAUGGGGGGCAUGGCUCUAGUUUUUAGAGUUUUUAAUUGCAUGAAGCUGUUAAUGAGAAGUACUUGUGCUAUUGUAGUGAUACAUUGUCUUUGCUUUAUCUAGAUUUGCAAACGAAUUCAAACACUGCCGUAUAAAACUUGGUUACACUCAGACUGGGGUGGGAUCUGCACUGGCUGCAAUACAUGGAACAGAUUUCAGUCAAACCACAAUCUGUCGUUUUGAGAAUUUACAACUCAGUCUGAAGAAUGCCUACAAACUAAAACCGAUCCUGACCCGAUGGCUUGCCGAAGCUGAACGACAAGGAGCGGACGACGCCGAUGAUCAACUCGGACAGGAUCGUAAGAGAAAGAAAAGAACAACCAUUGGUUUGACGGCAAAGGAAGCUUUAGAGAGGCAUUUUAUGAAACACCCAAAACCUUCCUCCCUUGAAGUUUACAGAAUUGCAGAGAGUCUAGGACUGGAUAAAGAAGUUGUCCGAGUGUGGUUUUGUAAUCGCAGACAGCGAGAAAAGAGAGUAAAGACGACAUUAAACACUGCUCUAUCACUGUUUCCCCCAUUACUUCACCAACCCACUGUUAUGUAAAGUUAGACGCAUUCAUGAUCUUGUUGUCUGGUUUAGACAGCGAGAAAAGAGAGUAAAGACCCUGUUUCCACCAUUAUACUUCACCAAACCACUAUGUAAAGUAAGAACCCUUAGUGCUACAUUCACACUAACGGGACUGGUUUAGACAAUAUAGAAAAGAGAGCAAAGUCAAUAUUAAGCUGUUCACCAACCCACUGUUAUGUAAAGUAAAAACCUUGCCCGUACUGCCAUGUUCAUUCUCUCUCCCAGAAAUGUGGAACAAUGUGUUUGGACUGACUUCAUUUGGCAUUCAUUGAAUAUCGUCUACCAAAUGGUGGGGGUCUGGAAAGUCAUUGGAACUAACUGGAGCGAAUGUGUACGCAAUCGGUUCGAAUCGGCUUGAAAAUCGUAGCUACGAUUCCACCCACUCUCAUGUCCUCUGAGGCCGGUUGUAUAAAAAGGUAGUUAAAGUUAACUACAGCCCAGCGGGCAAAAUGACGUUGAUUCAACGUUGAAUCAGUGUCAGAUAUGACCUCCCAGACGUUGGAUAGACGUUGAAAAGUGAUUGAAAAUGCAAAUUGGAUCGACGUUACCGCUCUGCUAGCGUUGAAACAAUGUUCAUAUGAAACCAAUCAAAAUCGCGUAUUUUAGAGUACUAUUUAACUACAAAAUAAUGUAUAAAAAGUAGUUAUAGUUUAUACAACCGGCCCCAGGUCGGCAAUGUGCACUAUUCAUAGAAAGAAUGUAUUGUAGUAUAUAUCCCGAUCCUGUUUCACGUGCAGUACUUGAACAAAUGUGUAAUGAGCAAAGAUUUUACUGUAAAUACAUUGAUUUAAUUGUUGUAGAAGCAUUGAUGUCUCAUAAUGAAAAAUAAAUUAGUGUUUAAACUAUGCUAUAUACACCUAAAUAUACAACACUAUAGUGCGCGGUCUUGUAGUAUAUCUAUUACAACACGAUCACCCCAAACUAUUUUAUUU